GCGCUGGGCGUCGGGUGGCCCGCGCAUGGGUUCGACUCCCGGUAUGACCGCAGUCUUCCCUCGCGUCGGUUCAGUGCAGCAGGCCGGGGCAGGAUCCGCGGUGGUGGCGCGGGUGACCCGCGAGGAGGCGCUCAUGGUCUCAGACACCGUGGCCGUCGAGAUCACGCCGCAGAACGUCAUCGUGGCCAAGUUCAUCGGCGACAACUACGUGGCCUCGUGCAACACCAGCGACGGCUCCAAGCCGCGGUGGUUCGCGGGCCGCGGCGGAGCCGCCAUUCAAGGCACCAGCGGAGGCACGGCGGUGUCCGGCACGGUGUGGCGCGGCCCCACCGGCGGUCUGCAGAUCUACAUCAGCAAGAUCAACAAGGCCGACCGCGGCGAGUACUGCUGCCGCAUGACGGACGGCAAGCGGCCCGCGGAGCGCUGCUUCGAGCUCACCGUCAAAGAGCCCAUCGAGUUCCUGGACACCCCGACUGAGCAGACGGCCACGGAGGGCAACCCGGCCAUCAUCAAGUGCGAGGUGACGGGCGACCCGCAGCCCGAGAUCCAGUGGAAGGUCCGCGGCCAGCCCUGGAACGUGGCGGCGCCGCACUUGAACCAGAUCGCCGACGGGCUGAGCAUCACGGAGGUGACGGUGAGCGACCAGGGCCUGUACGAGUGCACGGCCAUCCAGAUGUCGGAGCAGGUGGCCAGCCAGCGCUCGCGGAACAUCACUCUGCGCGUCCGCCACAAGCCCAAGUUCCUGAGCUCGCCGCCCAACUCUCCGACUGUGGUCUUCGGCUACCUGACGGGCGAGGUGAACCUGACGUGCGCCGUGAGUGCCGACCCGCCCGCCAGCAUCGCCUGGUACCCGGAGAAGGACCGCCAGCAGCUCACCGAGCCCAUGGCCUCCAGGGUCACCCACGAGCUCAACAAGUCCACGCUCCGGGUGAAGCUGAGCAACGCCACGGUGUUCGGCAAGUACCGGUGCCGCGCCAAGAACGAGAUCGGCUCCGUGCAGAGGGACAUCCUGCUGCAGCAGGGCGUGCAGCCCAAGCCGCCGCACCACGUGACCGUGGCCUCGGUGGGCGCCACCAUCGCCGUCCUGGACGUGCAGACGCCCGUGGUGGGCCCCAAGGUGCAGCAGAGCACGCAGAGCAGCCACAAGAGCGGCAAGGACGGCGCCAGCGCGGCCGCCACCAAGAAUCCCGGCGCCAACGACACCCUGGGCUACCGCGUGCGCCUCACCAGGACCAUCAACGGCACCGACCUCAGCUUCGAGCAGGACUGCGACCCAGCUCCGUGCCAGCUGCGCAGCCUGACGCCCGGCACCAACUACACGACGCGCAUCGCGACGCGGGGCCGCGCCGGGCUGUCGGACUGGGUGGUGGGGCCCAUGCUCACCACGGCAUUCCCAAAUGUCAAGCUGGAAACACAAAAUGGAAGAAGACGAAAUUGA